UUAUUUCAUUUCACAGUUGUCAGUCAAACGCUUUGUCAGGCCGCCGAGCACAUCAAUAAGCGGCGAAAAAAUACGAUUCAAUUGAAUUUUUAUUUCUCGCUUUCGAAGCUUUCGGGCGACGUGCGUGCGAGAACCAACAAAAUAUUUGCAUGUAAAAGAAUUUUCCGCCAGCCAAACAGGGAAGCGAGCAGAAACAGACCAUGUCUGGUCGGGACUACAACGGAGAACCAGGCUGUCGCAGUCCCGAGGAAGUGGGGCAGAGCUACCGCCACUUCUGGGACCCCACCGCCUACUGGCACUGCGAAAGUGGGAAAUCGAAGGAGGAGCAGGUGCGGGAUCGGGAUCGGGAUCGACCCGCCCAGCUGCACCGCUGCCCGGCCAACGAGCUGUUCUACGACCGGGAGCGGCGGUGCGUGAAGUGGAAGGACUGGCAGUGGACCGAACCGCAGGAUCCGCCCACAAAGCCGCGCAAAUAAAACACGCCGUGCGCGCGUUUCGCAUGUAUUGAAACAAAUUGUCGAAAAUAUAAUUAAAAAGCGCUUUUCGAUUUUU